CCGUCCGUUAUGAGGGGAACAUGCUAUCAACGCCAUAGUCUGGGAUACAUUUAGGAAGCGGAAGCCAAAAGCUUGACGCAGGAUGCGCCAUCUUUAUGUAGGGAGAACUAGGAUGUGACGUAGAAUCUCAUGGUUGUUAUGGUGACGGUAGACGCCGCGAUUCUGGGGAGUAGGGAGUAGAUCAUACACAGAGGGUUUCCUGGACAUCCUGCCAUGUCCAUCACAUCCAUCUCUAUCAGUCUGCCUGACAGCACUUCCGUAGAGUCACUGCCACCAAGGAAAGAUCAAGCAGAAGUGACACACAAGAUUGAUAUUGGCGUUGCUGCUAUUCGAAUUCAAAGAGCAUGGAGGUGCCACCGCAACAAACAGAUUUUUAGACUCCUCAAACAUGCAGCCAGGGCGGCGGAAACCUUUGCAACAUAUGAAAUCCUCAAGAAAGUCAGUCCCCUGGAAGCUGAAUUACUAAAAGAUCCUGGGAUGCAGUGUAAAAUAAGAUUCCGAUUUGCAGGCUAUGAAUUUCCACCAUUCAUUGUUUUUAAGAUUUUCCACAAUUCUGGGGGCCAUGGAAACCGGUAUAUCACUGGAAAGAGAAUAAUUAUCCCUUCAAGUGAGGCUGCCACCGAUGCUUGCAAAUUGAUGGGACACCGUGUGUAUUAUGAGCAAAUGAUUUGUGAUCAGCUUGAAUAUGAGAAAUACAGAAUAACAGAUGUUGUGGAUGUGGCAACCUUUAAAGAUUACAUGCAAUAUACAAGUCACCUUGAUGAGACUCCAGCUCAUCAAGGAGGGAGGGAGAACUGCUGGAGAAGAUUAUCAUUGAAAAAUAUGCCAAGGACAACCAUCAUGUAUGACAUAGUGGACUAUGCAGAAUCCGGAAUCCUGUCCAGUAGACUCAAAGAGGAAAUGAAGCUUCUCCUUCAGUUACCUUACACUGAAGAUGUACAGCGCCAACAGCUUAUUGCUGUCACACAAGUCAGAUCACCCGUGCCACCCCCAUCAUCAGCCAUUUCGACCCACUUCUCAUCUCUCUAUUCUUUGGCACCAAGAAAUUCAUCCCGACGAUCAUAUAAGGCUCGCCUAAAAGUAGCAAAAAUGAAGAGAAUUUAUGGUCCAGGAAAAGAACAGGAUCAGGAUGAUACAAGAGUUGUCAGCCAACAGCUAUCCUUAGGGCAACAACAGCAAUCAAACCAGGUUAUGUUUUCUGAUGAUGACUGGGAUGAAGAAGCAGAAAAACUUUAUGCUUGGAGUCAAAGCCUGUCUUUGGAAGAAUCUGUAUUGCCAUCCCCUGUACACCUGUAAAAGCUCUUAUAAUUUCAUUUCUACAAUCAGGUGUGAACUGUGUAAAUGAUAUUGAAUAUAUUCUAUUGUGUACAAUUGAUGAUUAGAUUGUGCCUUUUGAUAGGCUCUUCUGUUAUCUUUCUUUUGGCAAAAUAGGUGAUCUGUACAGAGAUAUAGGAAGAUAAAAUAUGGGGUUACAUAUGUUGUGGUUAAUGCAGCACAGGUGUCCCACACAACAUAGGUUGUCCCAGUUAAGUGUGUAAAGUGUGUGGGCAUUUGAAAUCAUAUAAAAAGAACAUUUAUUGGGGGAUAUUUAUCAUAGCCUGGUGGUGUAUGAUGUGCUGCCACUAUAGCUACUGAUUGGUUGCAGCUGUCACAAGCCGUUUAAGGCUAUGUCUCCUCUGCAGCCAUUUAAACAGACCAGAGGUGAGGACUUGAGCGGCAGAGCUUGAAACGGCUGUGAAUUAAGGAGUAAGUAUAUGAUAAUUUAUUACUUUAACAUAUUUAAGGGCUUUAUUGAGCUUUUGAAAAAAAAGUCAGUCACACAACUCCUUUAAAGUGUAACGGUCAUAUUUGAGCUUUUCCCUUAGUUACGGCUGUUUUGAACCCAAUAAUAUGAGGGUCUUCUCAAAAUGGCCCCUCUACCAUUUCUCAGAGGCCAAAACUCCCUCCCUCAUUUCAUAUACACACUUGCUUUAGCCAGCAUCUUCCUGCCAGCCAAUCAGAUUGGAUUACUGAGAGACACGCCUCCUCACUCUGAAGCCUAAUGCAGGCAUGCAGUUUGGAGGACCGCCCCUCUGUCUUCUGUUCACAUUGAAGGGAAGACAGAAAAUCCCUAGCAAUGGUCUUUUAAGGGACCAGUGGACAUUAAUGAAAGCUGUUAUAAGGCAAUUACAGAUCUUUUAGCAAUCAUUGACAGACUAACUCAGGUAUACAUGCCUAGCUCUACUAAACUAGCAUUAAAAAAAAAAAAAAAUAUGACAGUCACACUUUAAGACCACUAUUAUUUGCCUCAUACAUCUUUCUCUUCUCAUAUUACCCCAUCAACAACCGUCCAGCACACAGAGCGUUUGCCUAAGUAACGUGAACAGUUUAGGUUUUCUUUUUUCUUUCUUUUUAUUUAUUUAUUCAGGCACACAUUCUGAGGACUGGGUAAGUCGGCUCCUGUGCUGCACAACUAUUGAUAUGUAGUCUUAUGAUCUUAAUCUUAGCUCUCUAGGCACCUAUCCAUAUAACUUACAAAUAAAUGGAAAUAGGUCAGUUUGACUACCCCCUCUCCCAGUUUACACAAUAAUAAAUCCUUUGUACUUACCAUGGCUCAGGCUCUUUACUGCUUCCAAACAUCAUGGUACAGAAGACAUAGAUGAUCAGCUAUAAGAAAGAACUAACAACUUGCAAUGUGCUUGAAGACUAAAAAUUUUAUUUACAUCUCUUUAUACACAACUGUACAUAGUUUAUAAUAAAACAAUAUUAAGAUACCCAUCCAAAACAAGUUUCAAAGAGUAAAACAUUUAUAAAAAAAGUUAGAAUCUUUAUUAUGUCAAGCUCUACUAAUUAGCCCUGGAGGAGAGUUUUUCAGUGGUACAUUUCCAGAAAACAUCUCAGAACAUGGCUUAGUCACUGAACAGUUAAAAAAUGGUAAAUUUUUUUGUUUAUUUUUUUUAUUUAUCUGCCUCACUCUUGGUACAAUAAUUAACAUUGGGUUGAAAAGUAUCACUAAGGGAUACUUGUUACAUAUUUUUUAGUUCCCAUUUAGUAGUACAGAGGACCAAGAAGUGGCAUAGCUCUUCCUGGCUAUAUGUAUUGUAUGAAGUAAUAAAGUACUGUGAUUACAGCAGCCUCUGCGCCAGUUCAAGCACUUUUGUAGAAGUGAACUAAUAGCGAAUAUUAAUUCAGAAGACCGAGAAAUUGGUAAAUCUUAAAAUUAUAAACUGCCCAGUGAGAUCUUUGAGAUUAGAUAGAUAGAUCUAGGCCAAGACAAUGAUAGGUUAUAUUCUGAUGAAAUGAAAACACCAUACAUUACGCGCAUAGAUACAUUUUCUUUUAGUUAGUUCAGAAUAUGGAUAAUACAUAGGUUAUAAAUGUACAGUAGAUAAUAUAGUUUAAUAUCUGUCAUGCAGUGUUUGCAUUCAUUUAUGGAUUUGAGCAACUGUGUCCGUCAACACAGAAUCUUUACAAAUCAUAAAUGUUACAGAGAUUUAAUAAUAUUUGAUCAUGAACAAGAACGUCCAUGGGAUAAAUCAAGAGUCUGCUGCUGUAGAUCGAUUUAUUUAAAGCUUUACCGCUAAAAUCGAGUAAAAAUAGAACAGUCACAUAACCCACAAAAUUUAAAUCAGGGGAGCCACACAGGAUCCAAAAGGGGGGGGCGGGCAACCACCCCAAACAAACUUAUACAACAAAUCCUGUGGCUACAACUCCACUCAGAUGAA